GGGGCCAGGUGGGCGGGGCGCCCGCCCUCAACCCCGCUGUCGCCGCCCCGCCCGGCCCAAGCGAGCGGGUCCCACGGAUCGCCGGCCAAGCACGCUGGAGCACCCCCACCCCCGCAGCGGCGCCCCCACUUUCCAACCCCUGCGGUGAGCACGAUUGCAGCUGGUCCGGGACGCAGGCUUCUCCUUCUGAUGAGUGAAGGAGGGAAGGAUGGACUACGCUCACCAGACUGCACUGGUCCCGUGCGGGCAAGACAAACACAUGUCCAAGAAUGAACUUCUCCUGCAUCUGAAAACCUACAACUUGUACUACGAAGGCCAGAACCUGCAACUCCGACACCGAGAGGAAGAAGACGAGUUCAUCGUGGAGGGGCUGCUGAACAUCUCCUGGGGGCUGCGCAGGCCCAUUCGGCUACAGAUGCAGGAUGAUCACGAACGCAUCCGCCCCCCUCCAUCCUCUUCUUCCUGGCACUCUGGCUGUAACCUGGGCGCACAGGGCACCACCCUGAAGCCCCUCACCAUGCCCACCGUUCAGAUUUCAGAAGUGGAUAUGCCUGCUGAAAGCUGCGAGACACUCAGCCCAACAGACUCCAGGGGCCUGAAGCCCGUGCAGGAGGACACCCCACAGUUGAUGCGCACACGCAGCGAUGUUGGGGUACGUCGCCGUGGCAAUGUGAGGACGUCCAGUGACCAGCGGAAAAUCAGACGCCAUCGUUUCUCUAUCAAUGGCCAUUUCUACAACCACAAGACAUCAGUGUUCACGCCAGCCUAUGGCUCUGUCACCAACGUCCGUAUCAACAGCACCAUGACUACCCCACAGGUCCUGAAGCUGCUGCUUAACAAGUUUAAGAUUGAGAAUUCGGCAGAGGAGUUCGCUCUGUACGUGGUCCACACCAGUGGCGAAAAGCAGAAGUUGAAGAACUCGGACUACCCCCUGAUCGCCCGCAUCCUCCAGGGCCCAUGUGAGCAGAUCUCCAAAGUCUUCCUGAUGGAGAAGGACCAGGUGGAAGAGGUCACCUAUGAUGUGGCCCAGUACAUAAAGUUUGAGAUGCCAGUGCUUAAAAGCUUCAUUCAAAAACUGCAGGAAGAAGAAGACAGGGAAGUGGAAAAGCUAAUGCACAAGUACACGGUGCUCCGGCUAAUGAUUCAGCAGAGGCUAGAGGAGAGAGCAGGGACCCCGGAGACCAUCUGA